CGGGAAGUGAAGCGAGGGAGCCGGUCCCACCCGGGAGGACAGGAACGCAUCAGCCCCCCGGGAGAGCACGCAGGGCCUCGGUUCUGCAGCCGUGGGUGUGAGGGAACGGGAGCGUGGGAAGAGCGCUGCUCCCAGUGCUUCCUCAGUGCCGGAGCAGUGGAACCGAAUGGCAAUUGUAGUGCAAGACAAGUUCAGGCUAUGUUCUUUAUGCGCAGGGUCUCGGUCGUGUGUUCCUUUAGGUGUUAUCUACCAGUAAAUAUAGCUGACAGGCUGCUUGCCUAAGAGCAAGUCAAAAAGAGACUGGAAGCUGUGCCUACAGCUACCAUAGUGUUACAGAGGGAUCCAUAAGGACUGUCGAGUCCAACCUCUAGCUCCACACUGGACCACCCAAAACUCAAACUCUGUGUCUAAGAGUGUUGCCCACAUAUUCUCCAAGUCAUCUCUUCAUGAAUGACUGUCAUCAGCUUUGGUUUGCUGAGCAGUAUUUAUCACCAAACAUCCCUAGUUGGAAGGCACCCACAAGGAUCAUUGAGUCCAACUUCUGGCUCCGUACUGGACCACCCAAAAUCAGACCCUGAGUCUAAGAGCAUUGUGUGAACACUCCUUGAACUCAGGCAGCUUGAGUCCGUGACCAUUGCCAUGAGGACCCUGUUCCAGGACCUGACCACCCUCGAUAUUUAAGGGUAGGCCCUGAGCACAGUGCUUCAGUAUUGUGUGUGCUCCUGCUGAAGUCCAUCAGACUACGAAGAGCUGAGCAUCAGGUCUUUUCAAGAUCUCCUUUAAGAUUGUCAGAUCUCGUAAUGGCAAGAUGCUUGUGCAGCUGUUGGGUGCGUGCACAAAUUCUGCCUACAAAUUGAGGUGUUUACUAACAACAAUGUCUGGUGGUCAGAAUGGUGACUGGAAACAUCUUGAGUUGGGUGGUUUCCCAGAACUUGUGUUCUCUUGAAUUCUCACAAACUUCGACAGAAACACCUUUGUAACCCUUAGCUUGAAAUAGUUGCAACUUUGUUCUUUCACAUAAGUAACCACAAUCAGAUGAAUACUUUGUAUCCUCCCAGCCAUUUGUUUAUUAACUCAAUGUAUACACAAAGAUGUAGUGCAAGUUCCCUGAUCUCGAAGUAACUUAAAUGUGGCUCCAUGCCUGUGACAGCUAGAAAGGGCAAACUGCAUCAUCUUUGUGGCUCAGCAUUCACACACAAACAUUAAAAAAUCAUUUAAGUGCAAUUGGUUUAAUCUCUUAUGAAAAGAGGUAAUCUUUUCAUGUUAAGCCAUUUGCUUACCUCACUUUUGAAGAACAAAAUCAGUUUUCUUAGAGAACCAAAGUGCAGCUAUUACAUAGUGAUGCUGUUCUUCUGUAUGCUAGCAGCUGUAGAAUAGAAUAACUCAGAAGAGAUCUGAGAUUUGGAAGCUGCCAGGGGAAGGGUGCUGCAGAACCCCUGGUAAAAAAGAGCACUUUCCACUGUUUCCUUUCCCAUGGCUGGCAUUCAGAAUGGCUGCAGUGGUAGUGUCAGGAAGCUCAUCAGCAAGAUGUACACCUUCACUACAAAAUGUGAAACCCUUAAGCUCAGAGGAUUUGAAACAAUCUUAUAAAGCACAAUGAUUCAUGCCUGUCUUUUCCUUUGCUUCAUCUGAAAUUCAAGAAUUCGUUAUUUCUCUUUAACUGUCUCACUCUUUGCUACAGUGGUUUCUGCCAAAACAUGUCUUUAAUACAAGUUCAGGUACAAUUUCGUUUGUGACAAAAAUCAAACAGCUAUAUUCUCCCCACUUUCCAUUUCUGUGGAUAAAUUACGUAAGUGACCUGGAGAUUUUACAAGGAAGAAGUGGUCCUGCUACAUUUUUAAAAUAACAAACAACAAAAAAAUCUCCAUCUUAAUUUAAAAAAAAAAAAAAUUCCGUCACAUCUGAAGGAUGGAUGAGGAAGAAGAUUUUCCCACUGUCUUCCAGAGAAUCUUCAUUUUGUUCGGGUGUUGUUUCCCAUUUUACAUCGUGGUUCUUCCUGAUGGGAGGGUUAUUUUCAUUCUCUGUUUCUCAGAACUUUUCCUGUAGAUGGGAACAGGGGAAGGAGCCCAGACGUGGCAACAUAUUCUCAGGCUUCUGCAGGACCACCAUGGCUUAUGAUGACUCCAAGAAGAAAGAAGAAUUCCUAGAGAGUGACCGAAGUGCUGAUGACAUCAGAGCACAUCGAGAGAAAAAGCGAUAUUACAAGGAUGUCGUGCAAGAGGAGGAGAGGAUAACAGCUCAGGACAGUGAGCUCUUUUCGGGGACAGAACAUCACAAAAAGAAGAGGAAGCAUUCCUCCGAUGAGUUCUGCUCCAGGGGUCUUUCAUCUUUGGAUCUGCCAUCAAAGAAGAAAAAAAAAGCAGUUUCUAGCCCAUCCUCCACUGACAAAAACAUGGAUCUACUCAAGGCUAUCGCCACACCUUUGUCCACAAGCUCUAAGUCUUCAAAGAAGACCUCUGAAAAAUCAUCUUAUUCUUCCUCUGGACAUUCUGAAAGCAGAAAGGAGCACCACAAGAAGAAGAUGAGUGGGAGCAGUGCAGAGCACUCCGUGGAUGACAGCAGCUUCCACAAAACUAAAAAAAUGAAACCUCUUUAUGUGAACACAGAGACACUUACUCUUCGUGAGCCCGAUGGCUUGAAGAUGAAACUUAUCCUUUCACCAAAAGAGAAAAGCAGUGCAACAGAUGAUGAUUCUUUCUCAAGAAAGUCCUCAAAGAAAUUGUCUCGAGAUGAACAAGGGUCAUUCCAUCUGGGUCACGAACUGCACAGCUUCCUGAAGUCAUCUCGGAAGAAGCACAAACCUCCAGACUCACAUCCCCCUUCUGAGACUUUUGGUAGUGAAACAUCUGUUUUUUCAGAAGGCCAUGGGAGUGAGUAUGAGAUUUCAGGUAUGGAGGCACAGCCAGAAUCAGGAUCCUCUUCUGGUGGGGAAUUGGAGGCCGGUGAGCUAGUGAUAGAUGACUCCUACCGGGAAAUCAAGAAGAAAAAGAAGUCAAAAAAAAGUAAGAAAAAAAAAGACAAGGAGAGGCACAGAGAGAAGAGGCACUCUAAGUCUAAGAAGAGUUCAGGGCACUCUUCUGUGGCAGUAACAGAGAUAACAGUAUCACCACCUCCUCCUCCCAGCGCUCCCUAUGUUGUUCCUCCACCUCAUCCUACUGUUUUUCACUCAGAUGGACAAAUUGAGAAGAGGAGGAAAAAGGAAGAAAAGGAGAAGGAAAGAACUGAGAAGUGGGAAAAAGAAAGAGAAAAGGAGAAGGAAAGAGAAAAAGAGAAGGAUAGAGAAAAGGAAAGAGAAAAAGAAAAAGAAAGAGAAAAAGAAAAGGAAAGAGAAAAAGAAAAGGAAAGAGAUAAAGAAAAGGAAAGAGAAAAAGAAAAAGAAAAGGAAAGAGAAAAAGAAAGAGAAAAAGAAAAAGAAAAGGAAAGAGAAAGAGAAAAAGAAAAGGAAAGAGAAAAGGACAAAGAAAAGGAAAGAGAAAAAGAAAGGGACAGAGAAAGAGAAAAACCAAAGAAGAAAAACAUGUCUGCCUAUCAAGUGUUCUGUAAGGAAUAUCGUACCAAUAUUGUGUCUGAGCACCCUGGGAUAGAUUUCGGAGACCUUAGUAAAAAGCUGGCAGAAGUUUGGAAGCAGCUACCUGACAAGGAUAAACUGAUCUGGAAACAAAAAGCUCAGUAUCUGCAACACAAGCAAAAUAAAGCAGAGGCCACCACUGUGAAGAGAAAGGCAUCAUCUUCAGAUGGGGCUCCAAAAAUAAAAGCUUCUCCACCAGGAGCCAUUUCCCCUCAUAAGAAAUCUCCUACCAGCACUGUAGUGUUGCCUUCCUCACCAGCCAAAGCCCCUGAGACUGAGCCUAUAGAUGUAGCUGCACACUUGCAGUUGCUGGGUGAAUCUCUGAGCCUCAUUGGACACAGACUGCAGGAAACAGAGGGAAUGGUGGCUGUUUCAGGAAGUUUGUCAGUACUUCUGGAUUCUAUCCUCUGUGCUUUGGGGCCGUUAGCGUGUCUGACUACACAACUACCUGAGUUGAAUGGCUGCCCUAAGCAUGUUUUGUGCAUAUAGGUCCUGUUUUAAUGGCUGAAUCAAUCUAUCUAAAUCAAAUAAAAGCACCUGUACACAUAACAAUUAUUUUUGAAAGCUCUAAUUUUCCUUAAAAAUAUAAAAAGCAUCUUCCAGCUGCUUUGUAUUAUUCGUUCAUCCCCUUUUGAGUUGGCAAUGUAGAAAAUAACGUGAUUUCCAUUAAGAUUCCUAAUGUGACUGAGUAGGGCCUCUCACAUGUAGCUGUUUCCUUAUCCAAGGAGAGGAAAAUAGUUUCUGUUUGAAGGAGCUGGGUAGCAACAGGUUCUUUUCCAUAUUACAAUUGCAACUGAGCCCUGAUUUAGCAGCAGCUUGUGACCUCACUGUGGCACGGUGUGGACAUAGAUGAAGAUGGCAGCACUAUAAACUGAAUCAGAAGUUGUACCUCCAGCAGGAGACAUGAAUAAAUGAUAAAGUAGAGCAAAUAUGAAAAAUAAGUUUGUAGUCUGCAAAAGCUGAGAGACUGGAAUAAUAUCUGGAAUCUGGACAAGAGAAUAACAAAAAUGGGACCUGAAUUAGCAUGUUCUGACGGGACAGCCCAAUCAGUGAUUCAUUUUAUGAAACUGUUAACAACAAGAACAGAUCUGAGAGCUUAGGCUUUGAGCUCCUACAAACUGGCUGUCUAUGCAGAAGCUGAGUCAACGGGGUGUUCCCAUCAUAAGCCAUGGAAAAACAUCCAAUUCUUUUCUCCUUGCUUGCCAAUUUAGAACGUUACACCCCUUUUUCACGUGACUAAAGGCUCGUAUCUUGGAAACGUGAUCACUUUGUUGUUACAAAGGGCAAUGAUGCUGCAGGUAGGUUAAGGCACUGACCUGUCACUUCGGAAAGCUGGUAUUCAAACUUGAUAAGAAAGAAAUUAUUCAGACUUUUACAGUCAGGUAUGUAAAGAGAGUGCUAUCUUAAGAGGAGUAAAAUUGUGGUCAUGGUGCACGCAGUAUGCAGUUUAUCUUUUCGGUCAGUAGAUGGCAUUGUUAAAUUUUAGAAUCACCCUUGGUACAGAUCCAGUUCUCUGUCUUCAGCAAUUAAAAGUCAAUUGUUCUUAGGGCCUUCAGCCACCUAACCAUAGAUCUGAGGUUACUGAAAUACUACAUUUGAAGAACAUACAGAUAAUACAGUGAUUGGUGUUGUUUUCGGAUGUGUAAAAAAAGGACUCAAUCUCAGAAUUCUAUUAAAUUUGCAGGGAAGACUGGAGGGACACUUCUUUUUCCCUUCUGACACCCUGCUAGUAGGAGUUUUUUCUCUUAUACACUGCAGAAUGUCUUAAAGGAUUUGUGAGUAUAAUGGCAGGGAUUUUUGGUGGAGUUUUUUUGCUUGUUUUUUUCACAUUGUACAACUUUGAUCACUUAAGUACUUCACCACAUCUUCCAUGUGGUUGAUGUGAUGUAGCCAGUGUGGUUUGUUUCAACUUGAAAGGUAGAGCUUAAGGUUCUUUAGGAAGAAAUCAUUCGAGGAAAGCCACAAGCAUUUUGUUGCCAAGUGCUUCCAAGUACUAAGGUUACCUUUGUGCUUAGUUCUAAGUUUUCAAAUAUGUGACAGUAAGCCAGUAAUAAGGUAGUGGUAGGCUAGUGAUGACUUAUCACUUUGGUUGUCUCUUGAUAUGGUGACUUGUAAGACAAAUAAAUGUGCUUAGUACCCUCAUCUGUGUCAUUUUGGGGAUUCUGAGUCACUGCUGGACAUUAAAAUGUUGUGUUUUUUUCCCAGUCAAACACACUAGACAACAUCGCUUACAUCAUGCCUGGACUUUGAUGGGAAAGGAUCCUGGGAUUUAC